GGUCGGAACCUUGUUGGAACCCCCGUCCCGUGCUGGCAACGCUAGCAGAGGGUCAUUUACUGUUGCUGAGAACCGAGCUACCCUGAGCAGCGUUGGUCAAGGGCUGGUUCGCUCUGCUCCUUAUUCGCGCUGCUACAGACAACAGCAGAACCAGCUCCUAUCUUGGAUGCCUCAGUAGUCCUGUGGCGUCCACUCCCAUCUAGAAAUUAUCCCUUGUCUAACUUCUACCAAUCACCUAGCCUACUAUCUUGUCAGACUGUUGUGCAAUCAGGACCAGAGCUCUCCAAUGCUCCAUUCUAAAAUGUUGUGGGGAUUGCUACAAUUUCAGCACUCCUUCUGGUACUCGAAAACUUGUAGUUCUAGUUGAACAAGAGAACCCUUUGACAAUCAAACGCUCGCGACAAUUUAUACACACAGCUAGUUUGCCGGUGAGCGCGCACACUCGUUGAACCAUGCGCUCCGGAACUGUAUCGCCAGAAGCAGUAUCGUUGUCGUUGGCAUCAUCGUUGUUGGCCCUUCCAUUGACAUUGGACUAGUCAACUGACACGAUCAGCAGUCUCAGGAGGGAGCCAUUCCUUUCGUCCUAAGCAGCUUGUUAUCUCUCGCAACCUCACUUGAAUUUCGUCAACUACCUCGGGCCCUUAUUCCAACGACACUGUGGGUACAUUCACCUCAGUCUUGAAUAAGUGUUCGGGUGGAUCACGACAAACAUUAGGGAUCCUGGUUUUUCCUUCCCUACAGCACGGUUAAAGUGGUAUUGCGGUGAUUUCGGGCUCACUACCACGAGUUCGUCAUCAAAACGGAUGUUUCCAGUUCAUCACCGCUUCUUGAGAACUGCUCAAAGGCGGAUAUCAUUUGAAUAUUUUUAGCCUUGUCAAAAUCUUAACAACAUGGCUAACAAAGUUCCAUUAGUAUCCUUCACCAUUAUUUUGAUCUCGGUGCCUGACGUGGACAUCGUAGUUCAUCUUAUCCGAAGCUCGUUGGGUACUAGAGACCCAUUGGUGAAGACCCCUAUAAGGUGCUGUAUUGGUAAUUACUGCACGGUAGUGAAAUACACGGCACAUAGAUUUCCGAUAUCUGAAGCUUACAAUCUUUUUUAGCCCGGUGAUACCAGUCACAUACAGCCUUGCAAUCUCACAGCAAAGUAUAAAAACCCACUGACACAUCAUGCAACUUGAAGUCUGUCAUCUCAGUGCCCCGACCUCUUCAGCUGCCCCCAGAGAUAUUCUUUCAAGUUCUAUAUCAUGAAGUUUGCGUCUUUGUUCAUUGUUUUUGCCAUGUCUCUCUUGCAAUCGACGAGAGCUUUGCCGACGAAAGAGAGUAGCAAUCAUGGUCGUGACUCCGGUGCCCUUGCACUUCGAGAAAUUAUCUAUGAUGUCAAGGAACUUCCUGAACUGGAAGCCGUCAAACGAGACUCUGGUGUUCCUGCUCGCCGAGAACUCUAUUAUGGGUUCAAAGAAGUACUCGAUGAAGUCUCAGAAGCAUAAGUUACUGAGUGUUCUGAGGCUGGCUUUGUAUAUGUGAAGUGUUCAAGCGCAAAUAUGGUAUAGUGGAGGAAGAAUCCUAGUGUUGGUCUUUGUGAUGGUGUGGAGGUCUGCGAAAUUCGAGCUGUAGUAUGGGACCAAUGUUUUUCAUCAAUGUCAGAAUUGUUGGAAAUUUAGCACUCCCUUAACGCUAGAGG